AUGAGCCUGGCCAGCUGGUACCGCGCUGUGCAGGAAGGUGUGGGCUGUCCACGGAGAACCUCUGGGCUGCCCCUGUCAUUUGCUUUCAUGAAUUUGAUUCUCCUUCCAGGCCAAAGUGUGCUGCUGACCCCCUGUCCUCCACCCCCGUCUUUGCCUGUUCUGGCCCCUGGCCACUUGCAAGGUGGACGGGAGGUGCUUUGUGGCAGGGAGCUAGCAGUCCUUGGGGAGAUGGGGGCUGGGAACGUGUGCCCAACCACUCCACCCCUCCUUCCUAGGAUGUGUAACCUACCUUGUCUUUUUAUUUUUUUUAAUUUUUUUUUUCCCAAUAGAGUAGCUCUUUGUACAUAA